AUGUUGUUUGACCGAGCGCUUGUGUCCAUCGCUGCAUGUAGCACGGUGGUUGUGCUGUUUUCUGCUUACUGUUUACGAUUUAAACCACACAUUGUCUACUUAACGCUUAUCGCUACCAUUUUUGCGGCUUUCUGGAUAUUUGGACUGGUUAUUGGCGAACAGCUGAUUGCAGUACCAUUCAUACUCUACAAAAGGCUUUUCGAUGGGUCUGAAAAAAGCAUAGACGGAUUUCUUUCUGAACAGCAUAUCAUCACGAAACGAAGCUCUACUAUACAUCGGAAGUUCUUUCAUGUGACGGUAUCGCUUAUUUGUAUCACUGGGCUCUGGUAUGAUGUGGAAUUGCUGUGGCUCUCUGCCGCGUUAGCACUUUGCAUCUUUAUUAUCUUAGAGGGUUUACGGGCUUUAAGGAUCCCUCCGAUGGCAGAAUAUAUAGACGCAGGUUUUUCUCCGUUCCUUGACGAGCAAGAUUCUCAGCAUUUGGUACUAACUCCCAUAUACCUCCUUCUAGGAGUAUUUUUACCUGUUUUUCUUAAGCCGAUUAAAAAUACAGGUCCAUAUUUUAAAUACUGUAGAAUUUAUUUAGUUACGAAGUUUUUAGAACAACGUCAGAUCUGUCAUUAUGCCGGAGUAUUAACGGUUGGCAUUGGCGAUAGUUUCGCAGCAGUGGUAGGCUCAACUUUUGGCACGCAUUACUGGAAAGGAUCUCGUAAAAGCUACGAAGGAAGCUUGGCAAUGGUUCUUUCUCAAAUAGCUUUUGCAGUCAUUAUAACUCUAACUGAGUACGGAUGUGUUCUCACUUUUGCCGGAAUUCUUAGGAUUUUAGUUUCUUCACUUCUUUGUUCCUAUGCCGAAGCUAAACUUAAAGGAACGGAUAAUAUUGUAUUGCCUUUCCUUGCUUAUAUUCUUUUGUAG